GGCCUCGUCAUGGUGCACAACGAGAGGAGCUGGACACCCCCGGGGCGCUCCUUGAACUGGACCCAGGAGAACCUGCCGCUCCGCUGCGACGAGGAUCCUGCCCUCACACCGGUGCAGCGAGUGCUGCUGGAGCUCACGGUGUCGCUGGAGACGCUGCAGGAGGUGAAGGGCCGCAUGAUGGAGGCCCUGGCCAAGGGGCUGAGCCGGCAGACGCACGCGCAGGCCAGCGUGCGCACGCUGCCCACCUACGUGUGCUCCACGCCCGACGGCACCGAAAAGGGCGACUUCUUGGUGGUGGAGCUGCGCCGGAGACACGUGCGGACACUUUGGGUGACCCUGCCGGGCGACGGCAACCAGAACCUGCAGCUGAAGGAGCAGCUCUUCGACACGCCGGAGGACAUCAUGCAGGGCAGCGGGGAAGCGCUCUUCGACUUCAUCGCCCAAUGCCUGGGCCAGUUCCUGGACGGCGCCGGCCUCAGCAGCCCCCAGCAGCGCCUGCCCUUGGGCUUCGUCUUCCCGUUCAGCUGCAGGCAGACGCGGCUGGACCAGGGUGAGCUCAUCGCCUGGUCCAAGGGCGUCCACUGCAGCGACGUGGAGGGGCACGACGUGGUGCAGCUGCUGCAGGCGGCCAUCAACAAGCAGCAGCGUUACCACGUGGAUGUCGUUGCCCUCUUGAACGACACGGUGGGCACCAUGAUGAGCUGCAGCGUGGAGGGGAUGCCCUGCGAGGUUGGCUUGGUCAUUGAUGUGGGCACCAACAGCUGCUUCAUGGCGGAAGGCUGCCUUGUGGAGAUGGCCGAGGAGACCAGCGGGCGGAUGUGUGUCAACACCGAGUGGGGCUGCUUCGGCGACGACGGCGCCCUGAGYGACGUGCUGACCCGCUACGAUGAGAGCGUGGACCAAGAGUCCCGCAGACCCGGCCACAAGAGGUUUGAGAAGCUCAUCGGGGGCCUCUACCUCGGGGAGAUCGUGCGGCACGUGCUGGCCAAGCUGGCCGCGGAGGGAGCCCUCUUCAGCGGGGCUGCAGCCGCCGCCCUGGCCACCAAGGAUGUGCUCAAGACGCAGCAAGUGCUGGAGAUCAUCGACGACGAGGCGGGCCUGGCCGUGGCACGCRGCGCCCUGCAGGCGCUGGGGCUGGCGCCCAGCGAGCAGGACUGCUGCCACGUGCAGCAGCUGUGCCGCGCCGUGGUGACCCGCGCCGCGGGGCUCUGCGCCGCCGGCCUCGCCGCCAUCCUCAGCUACAUGUGCCAGAGCCGCGAGCUGGAGCGCCUCAAAGCCAACGUGGCGGUGGACGGCGCCGUGUACCGGGGUCACGCCAGGUUCGGGGAGGUCCUGCAGCGCGUGACCAAGCUGCUGGCCCCCGAGUGCGUGGCCACGCUGGUGCCCUCGGUGGACGGGAGCGGGCGCGGGGCCGCCGUGGUGACGGCGGUGGCCCUGCGCCUGGCGGCGCAGCGCCGCGACAUGGACCAGCUGCUGGCGCCGCUGCGGCUCGGCCCGGCCGACCUGCAGCGCGUGCAGGCGCUCAUGCGGCGCGAGAUGGAGCUGGGCCUCAAGCCGGAGACCAACGCGCAGUCCUCCGUGCGCAUGCUGCCCACCUACGUGCGCAACACGCCGGACGGCACCGAGAGAGGCGAUUUCCUGGCGCUGGACCUGGGCGGCACCAACUUCCGCGUGCUGGUAGUGCACGUGGAGCACAACGGCGUCCGCAUGGCCAGCCAGAUCUACGCCAUCCCGCUCGCCAUCAUGCAGGGCACCGGCGAGGCGCUCUUCGACCACAUCAUCGACUGCAUCAUGGACUUCCAGCAGAAGCAGGGCAUGACGGGGCAGGUCCUGCCCCUCGGCUUCACCUUCUCCUUCCCCUGCCAUCAGCUGGGCCUGGACAAGGCCAUGCUGCUGAGCUGGACCAAAGGCUUCAGCGCCUCGGACUGCGUGGGCAGGGACGUGGUGCAGAUGCUGCGGGAGGCUGCGCAGCGCAAACAGCACGCAGGGCUGGAUGUGGUGGCCGUGGUGAAYGACACCGUGGGCACCAUGAUGUCUUGUGGCUAUGACGACCCCAGCUGUGAGAUCGGCCUCAUCGUGGGCACAGGCACCAACGCCUGCUACAUGGAGGAGAUGAAGAACGUGGGCACCGUCGACGGCGAGGAGGGCCGCAUGUGCAUCAACAUGGAGUGGGGUGCCUUUGGGGAGAACGGCUGCUUGGACGACAUCUUCACCGACUUCGACCGCAUGGUGGACGAGAAAACCAUCAACCCGGGCAAGCAGAGGUUCGAGAAGCUCAUCAGCGGCAUGUACCUGGGCGAGAUCGUGCGCUACAUCCUGCUGGCGCUGGUGGAGAAGCACAUCCUAUUCCGGGGCAAGCCCGCGCCCAAGCUCCAGACCAGGGACAUCUUCCAGACCAAGUUCCUCUCCACCAUCGAGAUCGACGGGCUGGCCCUGGGGCAAGUGCGCGGGGUCCUGCACGAGCUGGAGCUGGAGGCCAGCUUCGAGGACAGCGUGCUGGUGCGCGAGGUGUGCCAGACCGUGUCGCUGCGCGCCGCCCAGCUCUGCGCCGCCGGCCUGGCCGCCGUCGUGGAGAAGAUGCGCGAGAGCCGGGGCCUGGCCCAGCUGGCCGUCACCGUGGGGGUGGACGGCACCCUCUACAAGAUGCACCCGCGCUUCUCGCAGCACCUGCAGCGCACGCUGCGCGAGCUGGCACCCCAGUGCUCCGUCACCUUCCUGCAGUCGGAGGACGGCUCGGGCAAGGGGGCAGCGCUGGUGGCCGCCGUGCACUGCCGCGUGGCCCAGGCGCAGGGGCCGCAGUAG